ACGCAUGCGCAAAGGAGGUGUCGCUUUUGAGCGUUGCUUGUAGUUCCACAGAAAGCUAGUGAAGCUAUCGCCACUAGUUUAGGACUGAGUUGAGGCAACUGUAUCCACGUUGUGCGGAAUUAAAUCGUAGUUCGAGGAUUUGUUUUCUAAAGAGUGGAGGUAUAAAGGAAACGCCGAAUGUGCUCGAUAUUAUUCGUACUUUGUUCUUCGCCGCUGGUUCUUCGGUAAUUGGAGGUCACCACACUAGAAUUUUGAAGAUCAUUCCACCACCGUGGGGCCAGAACAGACAGCAGUCGUGACCAAGAAGUGCAGUUCCUGAGGGCCCAGUGCCAUGCCAGAAGGAUCUCGCAGCACUCCAUAUGAGGUCCCAAUGGGUGAAGGUAAGACAUGCCAACUCCUUCUCUCCCACUUGCAAGGGGUGCUUUAUAGUCUGUUCUUUCAGUAUGUGUGCUUUCUUACUGUAUACCUGUCAGUAAAUGUGCUCGGUGAUUGCUCUUCACUAUAUGCUUUCUAAUUGACUCCCACUUGGGUGUGCUCACCGUUCAGCCAUAUGCAGUUCACAGGGUCAGUAAGUUUGUUGAAUAAUCUUGAGCAAGUUGGCUUUUGUUUAGAUUUAGUGCAGAAUCAGCCAGUGUUUAUUUUUCUUAUCUGGUUUGUAUUUUUAGCUACAUUAAGUAUAGUGCCACUCAGUAACAGGGCCUAAUCUGGAUUGAUGGGUUUUGUAAAUUUUUUAAUAGCAUACAGAACAUCAAAAAAUAGAGUGCACAGCCUGCCAAAUACCUACUGUCCCUGCCUGCCAACUGUAGCUGGACUGAGAGAGGCUUUGUCUGCUGCUGCAUCACUCCUGGCAACUCUCCGCAUCGGCCCGUUUGCACAGCUGAAACCUUUUAAUGCACAGACCCAGACAAGUGCUGGAAUGCUUCUGAAUCAAGGACAAUUAGCAGAAACCGUGCGGCCGGCUCAGCCACCCAGAGCGCAGAGCCGGAAUGGCUCCCUCCUUCUCGUUUCCUCUUCUCGUCCUGUACGUGGAAGGGGUGAUUUUUUACAGCCGUAAGAUAAAUGUCAGUGUUGAGGCGAUGCAGGCGCACAGUGCCUCUUUAUGUCUGUAAAGGCUGUGUCUGUGCGGCUCCCCCGCUGGCGGGCGUGCUUAGUGCUGAGCUAACACUCUGGCCCGGGCACUCCAGUGUGUCAAUGGCCCCUUUUCUCUGCCACGGCCGUCACUCCACCACCGCUGCCAAAAGGGGCCAGUGCCUGGGUGCUGCUGUCACCCACAGGUGGGCAGGGCCCCAAGCCACUUGCACCCCACUUCUUUUCCCAGCUCUUGAGCUCCGGGUCUUUCGCUUCCCUUCGCUUAUGUUGGUGUCGAAACCGAACUGCACCCUUUAAGCUUGUGGGUCGACUUUGAGCCUGUAGACGCUCUCCGGGCUUGACCCCCCCCCCCCACGCCCUGGAGCUGUUAGAGUGAGGGGAGCUGCAGCUGGGAGCCAGGCGGUCGUGUGGAGUGACGGUUGGUUGGGGGUGAAGAGGCGGGAGGAAUGCUUGCGUUAAAGGGCCUCGCUGCUCUGUGCUAAGAAUCGCCUCGGUUGUCCACGGCCUCCUCGGUCAGCAGUAAUGAGCGCAUGUCCACGGCGACUGUGCCGGACUGCUCCGCCUCGCUCGGCACAGACUUGGCAGACGGCGAGCGCCCGGUGAGCCUGGUGUCCACCCUCUCCUCCGGCUCGUCCAGGGACGGACAGAGCCUGUACGGCAGCACCGCCGCCCUCCCCAACGCUGCGCCCUGCACGAGGGACGACAUCGACCUGGAGCUGAGCCCUGCGGGGGGCGCCAGGGAGCAGCAGCAGCACAACAACAACAACGCCUGCGUCCCCGGCUCAACCGAAGGAGCCCACGAGGCCCCCACCUCGCCCUUCGCGGCCAAGGCCAUGGCCCCCAACCCCAAGCUCACCUACGUGGACCGCGUCGUCAUGGAGAUAAUCGAGACGGAGCGCAUGUACGUCCGGGACCUGCGCAGCAUCGCGGAGGACUACCUGGCCCAUAUCAUUGACAUUGGUGACCUGCCCAUCAGGCCUGAGCAGGUGUCUGACCUGUUUGGAAACAUUGAGGACAUCUAUGAGUUCAAUAGUGAGCUCCUGCAGACUCUGGUUAUGUGUGAGAACGACCCUGUGGCCAUCGCCAGGUGCUUUGUGGACAAGAGCGACGAUUUUGAAAUCUACACGCAGUACUGCACAAACUACCCCAACUCCGUUGCUGCUCUAACGGACUGCAUGAGGAGCAAGGCCCUGGCCAAGUUCUUCCGGGACCGUCAGGCCUCCUUGAAACGUUCACUACCGCUGGGCUCCUACCUGCUGAAACCAGUGCAGAGGAUCCUCAAAUACCACCUGCUGCUUCAGGAGAUCGCCAAGCAUUUUGACCCUCAGGAGGAAGGCUACGAGGUAAUCGAGGAGGCCAUCGACACCAUGACGGGCGUGGCCUGGUACAUCAACGACAUGAAGAGGAAGCACGAGCACGCCGUUCGACUGCAGGAGGUCCAAUCACUGCUCAUCAAUUGGAAAGGGCCUGACCUCACUACCUAUGGGGAGCUGGUCCUGGAGGGAACGUUCCGGGUCCACCGUGCCAAGAAGGAGAAGACGCUCUUCCUCUUUGAAAAGAUGCUUAUCUUCACCAAGAAACGAGGGGAGCACUAUGUCUACAAGUCACACUUCUCGUGCUCCACACUGAUGCUGAUCGAAAGUGCCAAGGACUCCCUGUGUUUCAGCGUCACCCACUUCAAGCACCCCAAGCAGCCUCAAACAGUACUGGCUAAGACUGUUGAGGAGAAAAGACUGUGGGCUCAUCACAUAAAGAGGCUCAUUUUAGAAAACCACCAUGCCAUUAUUCCACAAAAGGCUAAAGAGGCUAUUCUAGAGAUGGACUCCAUAUACCCAUCGAAAUACCGGUACAGUCCAGAGAGACUGAAGAAAGUGGUGUCUCAGUCAGAGGACUUCCCAGGUGGAGAGCGGCAAGGAAGGCGGCGGUCAGAACCAGCCAAGCAGAUCAUGAAGAACACCAAAGCCAUGCUCAAGCACGCAGACAGUGAAGGAAUGCUGCAGGCCCGCAGGAGCUCUCUGCAGGCUGCCGCUAGUGUCAGCACCCUGGCCUCAAGCGUAGACGAGCCUGAGGCUGAGAGGCCUAGUCUGGAGGACGAUGAGGAAGAACUGGGCCAAAGGCAGGACACACCCGAGCGGCUGAGUCCUAGUGACAGUGAGGAGCCUAGGCCAGGGACGCCACCCUGUGAGGGUGGGGUGGAGCAGGAGGAGGAGGAGGAGGGGGAGAGUGACAAGGACGAUAUUCUGAUGGGGGACGACCAGGUAGCCGACUUUGCCAGCUCAAUGCUGGCAGCCAUCUCCUGCUGGCACUAUAGGGCCAGGGCUUUGCUUUUCACUCGGUUUACAACGGAUGAAGAUGGGUGUGACAUCACUGAAGAGCAUGACCUCAAGAUGGAGGAUAACCAAUCGUCUGGUCAGGAGGAUACAUCUGCGACAGCGGUUGGUGGUUCCCAGACUGAAGAGGCCCCUGGAGAACAGCUGCCUUCUCAGUCUGGGGCAACAGAGGAGCAUGAGGAAGGUGCCAUCUCAGAUAUAGAGCAUGUUGCCGUGGCCAUCCUGCCCCAAGACUCAUCUGCAGACCCAAAGAUGGCAGAGCAUGAGGAGGAAGAGGACGAGGUGGAGGAAGAUGAGGUGGAGGAUGAGGAGGAGAAGGCAGAGACCCCACCUGUCCACCAGCAGGCGGAGGUGAAGGCCCUGAGCAGUGGGGAAUCUUCUGAGGAAGAGGAGGAAGAGGAAGCAGCACCCAAGGUGAAACCCAGCAGUAUCCUCCCUCAGUCCGUGCUGGACCAGGCUAGCAUCAUCGCCGAGCGCUUCGUCAACCUGUCGCGGCGCGAGAGCCUCAUCGCUGACGACGUGCGCUCUCUUAGCUGCCCCUCGCCCCGGCUGGGCAGCAGAAGCGGCAGUGCCCUCAGCCUCAGCACAGAGGUCCAGGACAAAACGCAGAGGUUCACCAGCACUGCCUCUGAACCCCCGGCAAGCCUCCAAGACCUGCACACUCCCGUGGUCGACACAACCACACUCUCCUCAAGCACGGACAACCUUUUUGAGGUGGACCGAGGAUCGCUUAGACGGCGGGACUCCACCCUCUCCAAGCAAGACCGGCUGCUCAUCGACAAGAUCAAAAGCUACUAUGAGUACGCCGAGCACCAGGAUGCCAGCUUCAGCAUCAAGCGCAGGGAGAGCCUGUCCUACAUCCCCGCCGGCCUGGUGAGGAAUCUGAGCAGCCAACUCAACGGUAAACCCAGGGACGAGUCCGUAGCUACCGAGACGAGGGGUGCUCCCAACGUCCGCCCUGCUUCUUGGGCAGUGUUUAACCUUCCAGGCUUUGGUAAAGACCAGAAGACAAAGCCCUCUGAGCUGGACACUGUUGUGUCCGUAGAUAGUCAAAACGCUAAGGCCGGAUCCCAGAGUGUCGAGGAAGAGGAGUUCCGGCCCUCCUCUGAAAUGAUCAAGGUGUGGCAGGAGAUGGAAAUGGAGGUCAACGGGACCCUGACAGAACCUUCAGAGGCAUCAAAAACCAGGGAGGGGAGCCAAUGCAGGGAAGCUGGCCCAAGCCUGAACCAGAAUGACUCAUCCGACAAAGGCAAACCAGAAGCCGAAUACAGUGAGCCGUUGAUGAUCUUUGAAGAGUGUGACCUCAGCACGAUUUCAGAGGAGUCCUCAGUCUCUCCAGUCUCUCCAGCUGUUAAGGCCUCACCAGGUAGGGAGGUGGGUCUGGGGCAUCCAGCAAGCCAGAAAGAGACCCACAAGCCCCAGCCAGAGGUAAGGGUACCCCGGGCACCCAUCCCUAGGGUCAUAAGCCUUAGGGCAAACAUGGAGGAGGACCUGCUCCUGCAGGACGUGGAGAAGAUGAAGAAUAAGGUGUUCCAGUUGGCACGGCAGUACAGCCAGCGCAUCAAGAACAGCAGGCCAGUGGUGAAACAGAGGGGCAGGGAGGCAGAGGGCCAGUUCAGUUUGAGGAACCUGCCCUCUGUCCAGGAGGAAAGGCUGGAGAAGGAAGACAAAGGUAAGCCCACCCUGACACUGCCCGUCAACUCUUACGACAAUGUGAUUCUACAGGAGUUGAAGUCACCCAGUUCGGCCAACACCCCAAGGUCUGUGGGAAGCCCCCGUGUCCUGUCCCCCAGCCCUCUUCGCUCAAAGAGCCCCCUAAGUCCUGUGCAGACUGAGAACUUCAACUGGCCAGACGUGCGCAGGCUGCGGUCCAGAUACGGCCGCCCUAGCCCUGAGAGAACCCCGCCUCAUGUCGCACCCGUGAACCGCAGCACCUCCGUGCCUGAGAAGAUGCUGGACUCUGCUACAGCUAGAUCUGUGUGGAGGCACUCCAGCUACUCUCCAGGCUCCAGCUACUGUGCCUCAUUGGACACAAAGACAGCCUCCCACACCCCCUCCGUGUUCCCGGCCUACAGGCCCCAUCUGAACAAAGCCUCCACCGAGGAGGGCAGACCCAGUCAAAUCUGCAGAUCAAGCUCCCUGGAUCAGAGGCUGGGCACGCUGGACGUGAAUGAGCUGAACCAUCUCCAGAACAAUGAGGCUAGCAGCAGUUACUACAUCUCUGGCCAGGCCCCAUUGCCUGACCAGCAUAACGUCAUCAUUGUGGAGAAGCAUGACAGGGCUCACAGGGAGUCAUCAGGGGGAGAGAGAGAGGAUGAUGAGGGAAUGGAGAUGAAGGAUGAGGGGGAGCCUGACAAGAACUAUGUGCAAAUCCGCUCACCCACCUCCCGAGAGAAAAUCUCUAUCAUGGCUGUCAUUGACCGUUGCAGGGCCUACCAGGAGUCUGACGAAUACAGACAGAGGGAGGAGGGUGUGGCAAAGGCUGACCAGGCCACUGAAAGUGUGAAGGCAAUAGACCAAGACCAAGGUCCACUCCCCAAUGAGUUGGACAGUUCCAAACAUUCCCUUGUGAAUUCUAGCAAAAAGAUUGAGAGUAGCCAGCACAGCUUGGUGAAGAACCUAAGAGAAAAGUUUCAGAACAUGAGUUCAAACCCACUUUAAGUUUUUCUAGAACAUUUAUUUAAGUUCAGACGAGGUAUGAGCCUUGAAUUUAGCCUACUAUCCUUUUGUUUUCCUAACUUUUUUUGGCUUAGUCUGACCUUUUGUGUACAUAAGUAAGUGUAAAAUACUGAAAUGGAAUGAAUGUGCUCAAGUUGUCAACCUUAUGUGCAGGUUACUGUUGCAGCUUACGUAUAAAAGCAAGUCAACCUCAUAAUGUGCCAGUAUACACAUGGAAAUCAUUUGUCAAAUUUCUACCUGGUAACAUUUUGCCUUCAUCCUCUCAUGUCUACAUUUUCCGUAUUAACUUGAUCUCACAAGUUAAUCAUGACAAAAUUAUGAACUAAAUUUUGUUUCACAUUUUAUGUUUUAAUCUGCUUGUUUACCAUACAGUGCUCUGUGCAAAUUUGAAAGGAUACUGAGCAAUUAUACGAGUCAUAACAAUAUGAAUUACUUGGUUUUAGUGCAGGAUGAAAUGUAGUUUUGGAAAAUGUAAAUAUUUGUAUAUUUGCUCAUAACUCUGGAUAUUUCAGUUGUAAAGAAUAUUUAUUCAUUCAUGUGGUUGUUUGUGGUAGUGGGAGUGGUGCUUACAUACUUUAAUCACAUACGUAUGUAAAUAUGGGGAAGUAGGUAAAUAAGUUUCAUUUCUCUGUUUAGUCGAGCUGUUUAAACCUCAAAUGCUUUCCGUUACUGCUGUCAGUUUCCGACAAAAAAAAUGUUUUUUGAUUGGUCGCGAUUCCAUUGAAAUCUGAAAAUUGUUCAAUGGUUUGAAUUGCAUUCAAACCUUAAUUUACACUCUCAAGGAACUCUGAAACUGCUAUACCUAUGUAGAAAUAACAGACACAUGUCUGUGAAGUUUAAACAAUACCAUUGUGCGUCAUUGAUUGAACAGGAUCUGACCACAAGCCAAGACCAAGAGAUGCAAUUUAGUCUGUUGAGGUGGAGUGUUGUAGCUAAGCCACUGCACCUACUGUUUGCAUCCAUGAUCUGUGAGAAUGAGAAACCUUUAUUUAUGUUUAAACAAAAACACCAGUUCCUUUUCACCUGACUCAUAUGAGUUGAACAUAAAACACAAAAUUUGGUUUUGUAUUACAUGUAAAAGCUAUUCGAUUGAUUAUGUUAUUCAAAAUAUUUAUAUUAGUAUAUCUUUUUUUUUUUUCAACCAGACAAUGGAAAAAGUACAGCAGAUUCUGUUCAAUCACUUUACACCUCUGCCCCUUAUAAGUGAGUAUCCUUUAUAUGAAUGUGAAAAGCAUAUUGGCCUCAGUUAAUAUCAUUAAUAUCAAGUGCAAAGACACGAGGCUGCAAUCCAACUGAUCCCAGCAGUCUGACAGAAGACUCUUUACUAUUAGGAAUUACCCAUCAUGACUUGACCUGUGGUGUGAUUGUGCCAGUUUUGUAAUUAUUAUAUAUAUAUAUAGUUUGAGCUGUUGGUCAGUGGGGCUCUCCUAACCUGCACUGUGUAUUCCACUAUUUUCCACCACUCAAGACUGUAAUUAUUUCCAUUAUUUUUGGGACUAAUUAUUUCCCUUAAUCAUUGUAUAUUUCUCUCCUUAUUUAUUAAGUCGGUGUACAUUUGAUAUACAAUGAUCAACUGUCUUUAUACUGUAUACAUAUCUACCUAUAUAUAUUGUAUUCUAUCCCAUAUCAGAAACUUACUGUACAGAAAUGUUGUCAUUGUUGUUUCCCGGAAGGGGCAUACAUUCCGUAUUAAAACAACCAAUGUUUGACCUUGA